CGACGAAGCGAGGAGGUUUGCAUUCACAAUGACGUAGGCGUUGACGAGUGUGCGCAGUACUUGCAACUAAAAGGAGUCAUCUUUGCUAUUGGCUGCGGACAGCUAGGAGUAUCCUUGCAUGAGCCUUGUAGCAAGGAACCGUUCAGUUGACGUUUUGCUGUGUAGUGUAGAGGACGCAGGCCAACAGUUGUGACUAAAGUGAAGGUGGUGCCUUGUGUGGUGUCGUUACAACUUCUAUGAGGAUUAUACAUUGUGUGCAACAGUGUUGAAUGCGUCAAAGCUCCUAACGGUUGGAAACAGUGUGGUUACGGGUUCAGCGAGAAUUUAUGUAUGUAAUGAAGUGAAACACUAUCGUACCGCGGAACGAUGAACAGCGUGGACAUUUCCAACCAGAGCCAGGGAAUCCUACUGCCUUCGUACAGUACCACACUCGACUAUCUCCAGAAGCAAUCGCACCAGCAGGACACACCGUCCGAAGUUACGGCGGUCAGCUCGCCACCAGUGAGCUACUUCCAACAGUUCUUGUAUCCUACCGACGGCGAUCCGACACCCACCGGUCGUACUCUGCUACCCCGUGGACGGGAGUUUCCCAGUCCGCUGGAUCUUUCCUUACGCCCCACCAAUGUUCCCAUGACGCCACCCUCGACACCGUCUCCGCCGAGAAAGCGUUUAAAAUCGUUCGACGAGUCCGCAGCCGUCAUUCCGGCCACCGUACCACGUACGCUCGAUAGCUGGAGAAGCAGCAGAAACCACUUCUCUGACACCGUUUGCAUCGAUGACAAACGAUACUACGCCAACACGACGUUAAGCGAACGUGCGGAUCGGACGGAAGCGUUCCAAUACUUUGACGACAGUGCACGUUCGGUUCCGUUCAAGUAUUCUUCCGUCGAUGGUGGUGAAGCACCGGGCUCGAAAGAAGGUCCCGAUAGGUCACGAGAAAAACCGGACGAGUUUAUUGAUGUUACUCGAGGUACCGAACGACACCCACAGCAGUUGGAAGUUGAGAAUCUGACCGAUCACGACGAACGAUCGACGCGCGAUAAGUCUGAUUCCUCAAACAUUGACGUGGAGUCGCUGGACAACGAUGGUGAGGAUAGUAAAGAAUCGAUCAACAUUGUUGACAGCGAGGAGAAAGAGAACGACGAAGCGGCCGUGCUCAACGAUGGUCAACGUUACUUUGCCGACGAGCGGCUUCACCUGCAAGCGAUUGAAGGAUUCGCGCGGCUGUUCGAGCGAAGCUUCCCAUCGGCGAGCGGUUCGAAAAAGGCACCAACCAUAUCCGGCGGAUCCGGUGCACGCAGUUCAGCGUCCAAAAGUGAGCGCCGCCGGACGAAGGCCCGCCGCCAAGGGGUGAUCGACGAGGACAACACUAGCCCCGUAUCGGGUACGAUCAUCCGCAAGCUCCAGGACGGGGAAGAGCUCGUGGUGCGAAAGGGCGAUAUCGAUCCAGCGUUCAACGUGGUCGAGAUCACGGACGAGGCGAAGGAGAUCCUGUCCAAGAUUGACAACAAGAUCGGGUCCUAUCUGUGCCAGCUGUGCCGUGCGCUGUACGACGAUGCGUUCGGUUUGGCGCAGCACCGUUGCUCGCGCAUCGUACACAUCGAGUACCGGUGUUCCGAGUGUGACAAAGUGUUCAACUGUCCGGCCAAUCUGGCAUCGCACAAGCGCUGGCACAAACCGCGCGGAAUGGCGACCGAUGGAAGGAAGGGGGGCGGUACGAGGAAUGCUACCGCCCGCCAGGAAGAACGUGCGGUCGAGGAGGAACCGAUCGAAAUACUCGACAACUCGAACGAUAACCAUCAGCAUCAGCAGCCGGUGCCAGCAGGUGCUACUACUGCAGCGCCGGAAGAAGAAUCGUAUCCCUGUGGCCAGUGUGGGAAAACUUUUCGCAGGCAAAGCUAUCUAAAGAAACACGCCGCCUCACACCAGAUGGAACCAGCGUUGCUGCGUAACAUGGAUGUACGAUCAACGGCACUGAACAGUAGCACCUUCUGUGGUCCCGCAGUCUCUUCCAGCUCCGCCACAACCGUCUCUUCCCUUGGUGCUCCAUUCUCCACUGGUCAUCAUUUGUUGGCCGCGCCAGGGUCUGCUGGCGGAAGCUUUGCUGCCGCGUUCGACAAGCUGACGCGCCCACUGGCAGCACCGAGUUCCGUCGGCGCAUCGGCUCUGUUUCCCUUUGCCGCCUGUUACGGUGGUAUGGCCUCGCUGGCCAACGGGAGUGCUGGUGCCGUUGCUGGUGGAGCAAAUGGUGGAUCCAUUGGUCCAAAUGUUUCACCGUACAGUGAACUGGAAAAACGACGCUGGCAGUCACUCGGUGAGCUGUACCUGCAGCAAAGGGAACGGCUGUCCGCGUUCCAGUACGUCAGGCAGCAUCAGUACGAGGAUUACUUGAAAUGCUUUCAUCCAUUUCAGUUUGGCCGCGAUAAAACCUGACCCAACAUUCUGCGGCCAGUGCCACGGCUGGCCGCAGCACCUCUCUGGCCAACGACGCAUUCCAAUCAACUUCCUGUGACUGCAACAAUAACAUCAGCAGCAGCAGCACCACCACCACCGCCGUCGUCUUUACCACGUACAUCUCACCAAACCGAUCUUCAUGCACCGAUAGGUCCCACAGCGUCUAGCAUGUCGUCCUCCACACAACCGGUGGGACCGAUGGCAGAGCCUCCAAAAGAUAACGAACCAGUGCAUCUUAACCCACCGACCAUCCCGGUAUUAGCGUCUGUGUUUGGCACGGCGCAACAACACUCGGGAGCGGCCUCGGCUCAGCAAUCCCAUCAACUGGCGACAUUUACCCCGGCCAGAAGCAUUCUGCAACAUAUCCAGCAACAACCGACGGCAUUUAGUGGCGAAUGAGUACGCACGACUUAAUGCGUGUUUCCGUUCGCUAGCAUCUCCUUCUCCCCUCAGGAUAAAUCGUUACUAGCUAAUAUCUAGAGCCUAGAAUAUCUGUUUUGUAGUUUUAAUAUUUUUUUGAAAAAUGCAUGACAUUGUGUCAACUUCCCAAUUGUCUCUAAAUUGACCGGAUGCAACAACAAUCUCCGGUCGGAUCCCAAGAAUCAAAGAAUCUCCUAUCAGCAUUCAUCGAAAGAUGACGAAUAAAGAGCAAAUAAAAAACACAUACAAAAUAUACAAAAACAAAUCUUUUAUACCAAUCCCAUAUCUACUCAAAAGCACACACGCACACAUACCCACACUGAUUAUCUCAAUUCGUGUAACGAUUCUAAUCCAACGGCAAUAAGCUUCUAAUGCUGUCAAAGACAAUCGCUUACCUUCCAUCGACAGGAUACACAGCCCCUGUGGUUUGUCGUUCAAUUUCCGGUCAGCGAACGAUCGGUUUGGUAUUCCAUAAGGAAACGUAAGAGGGAAAAGGUAAUGAUAUCGAUUUGUGAUUGACAUUUUCGUUGUUGACCAGUUGCGUAUUCCUUGGAAGAAGGCGGUGAACCGACAACCAAACCCAUCGGGGACAGGUCAACAGGAUUCACUGUUUAGUAAUUUGAUUCGAACUGUUUUAGCCGUUUGUUUUAUUCCGAUUGCUCGUGUUCAGUUGCUUCCUGCGGGGAGCGGGAACGCGUUGUGCCUUUUUAGUCUGAGCAGUCUGACAGCGGGCAGGGAAAAGACUUUCGCCAAACUAGGGGAACCUACCGCGAGUGUCACCAAGAGAAAUCAAAUAUUUACCGAACAUUAGACGUCGCCUGGGGGACAAACAAAAAAGGUUUUUCCGGAAGGAAUGCUUUGCGUGGUUACACGGUAGUGCCGAAGACGGAAUAGGUCUUUGAAUAACGGGCGGCAGGCCUUACUGCUUGGGUAAGUAACGUGGGAAGCUUGUUUCUUUUUCGUUUGAUUUUUCUUUGCCACGAAGCACGAAGACGGGAGCGUGCGUGUGUGAACGGAAAGGGAAAAUUGAAUCACGUACAAAUUGGCUUUUAUAAUGCAUUUCCUAUUCAUUAUAUUUUCUUUCGGAAGCGUUCGGCAGAGUGUUGGAAUGAAGUGGGGUGUUGAUCAAUAUUGAUACUUUGAGCAAGUCUUUUAGAUGUUGAAUCCUUUU